AUGUCUGCGGGCAACCUGGCGGCAACUGGUGUGCCACCACCAUCAUCUUCAACUGUUCCACAAGUUUCGCGAUUACACGGCUUCGAAAACAGACCCCCUAGUCGCCGGGGUCUUCCACCUGCUCGUUCUUUUCAAGUCGAGCACCACCAACCGUGCGACGUCGAGCGGUCGAGGAGCCCCGUUUCGCCCUUCUUGGUUCUUCCUGGUUCUGAAGGAAUAGCCGACAUCCCUGUUCCCCCACUUGGCCAAGCAGUGGAGAGCUCGCCAACAGGCGGUGGUAUCAAGAGGAAUGGUGUCGACCCCAAUUAUCAAUUUUCAUUCACGAAUCGUGCCUCGGCCAUAUCAAUGACGAACAGCACUGAUGCCCCUUCCAAUAUUGCUCUCAGCUUCGAGGACGAGCUCUCUAGCGAAGAUAUUCGCACACCUGAGCAGGAUAUUCUUGCUGCAUCCUCGAACACUCCUUUUGCUGCUCAUGAUGGCUUUCCUGGAAGUGUCGGUGAGCAGAUGUCGACACCCGUCGUUGAGAGCCAGCCGCGGAAGCAGAAAACCAAUGGACGUAUUAACAAGCUGCCCGCCGCCGCUACACGCGAUGUGAAUGCUGAGAUGAAUGCUGCGAGCCCUUCUGCCGCAAUUGCAGUGAACGAGAAAGUUAAGAAGGAUCGAAAGAAGCGCAAAGCUGUUGACAUCGAGGGGCCUAACGUUGGCGAAGGCACAAAGCGCAAGAGAGCCAAGGUCGCAGCUGGCAAAGGCACAGAAAAGCCGUUCAAGGUUUAUACCGGCCCUGGAUCUACUUCGCAAGAGAGCUCUGCAGCUUCUUCAGAAUCGGCCCAGCACGGCGUCAAGAAACGACAAUGA